AUGCAGCUGAUGCAGCAGGCCGGGCUGGAGGGCAAUUCGCUGUACAGGUACAGCGAGCUGAACCAGCGCUGGGCGGCGUACGACAACUGGACCUUCUCUGUGCUCUUUGACGUGCCCCGCAAGCUGCUGCGCAACCGCGCCGUACUGCUUCACAUCGAUGGCCUCGACACCGUGGCCGCCAUCGAGCUCAACGGCGCUCCGGUGGGGCGCGCCGCCAACGCCCACCGACCCCACGCCUUUGACAUCACCGACCUGCUCAAGAAGGAGAACAACAACCUUGGAAUCACCAUCUUCUCUGCCACGCGGUAUGCGGCGGCGCAGCAGGCAGACUAUCCCUACCCGGUGCCCGCCACGCAGCAAGUGGGGGCCAUCCCCGGCUACAACUUUGUGCGCAAGGCCGCCAGCGACUUUGGGUGGGACUGGGGCCCCGCCCUGGCGCCCGCGGGCAUCACCGGCGGCAUCAAACUGGUGGGGCGCAGCGGCGCCGUGCUGACGGACAUGGUGGUGCGGCAGCAGCACCUGGCCAACGGCAGCGUGCAGCUGGCUGUGGACGCUCUGCUGAUGCCGCCGCCAGCGGGGCAGGGCGGGGCAGGCGCUGAGGAGCAGGGGGAGCUUGUGCUGGAGCUGGCCAGCCCCGAUGGCAGCCAGCACUGGCGGGCGCAGGCGCCAGUCACCAUCCCGCCGCCGGUGCCCUGCCCUGCCGACGGCGGCGGCAGCGACAGCAGCGGCGCCGCGGAGUCCAGCCCCUGGCUCCAGCCAGAGGGAUGCCAGGCGGGCGAUCAGGUAGAGGGCGGCCCGCGGCUGGCUCCGCACCCCGUGAAGCGAGGCGUGGGGGUUCUGGUGGAGGCGCCGCAGCUGUGGUGGCCUCACGACUUUGGAGAGCAGCCCCUGUACCGGCUGCAGCUCACCUACACACCCGUCGCCGCCAGCAACAGCCAGGCUGCUGGCGACGGUGCUGGUGGCAGGAGCAGUGGUGCGCUGGCGGCCGAGGCAGGCGAGGAGGAGCCAGCCACCGACGCGGCUGCCGCAGAGGCGGGGGCCAGAGCGCCAGGCGGCCCCGGCGUGAAUGCAGGCCUGGGCACGCGCAGCAGCAAGCUGUCCCGCCGCAUCGGAUUCCGUACCGUCGAGCUGGUGACCGAUCCGCUGCCUGGCGGCGCCGCCGAGACUUUCUACUUCCGAAUCAACGGCCAGCCCGUGUUUGCCAGAGGCGCCAACAUCGUGCCUGCUCAUGUCUACGAGCCUGCCGUCACCAAGGGGCGGCUGCGCCGCCUGGUGGCUGAUGCCAAGGCAGCCCACAUGAACAUGCUGCGGGUGUGGGGCGGCGGCCGCUACUUCAAAGAUGCUUUCUACCAGGCCUGCGACGAGCAGGGGGUGCUGGUGUGGCAAGAGGCCAUGUUUGCCUGCGCCAUGUACCCGCGGGACGAUGCUUUCCUCAGAGAGGCCUGGCUGGAGGUGCGGCACCAGGCAGCCCGCCUCAGCAGCCACCCCUCGGUAGCCAUCUGGGGCGGGAACAACGAGGACGAGGCGGCGUUUGGCUGGUUUGGCGAGUCCCUCCAGAACCCACGCCUCUAUGCCGCCGACUACUCCAAACUCUUUGUGGAUGUGGUUCGGCAGGCGGUGAUGGGGGUGGAUCCUGCCAUGCCUUACGUAGACACCUCACCCUCCAACGGCCUCCUCAGCCGCGAGCCGUACGCAAAGCGCUGGGGCGAUGUAGCCGACCCCCGCUUCGGCGACAUACACUUCUACAACUACCGGGCGGAUGCCUGGGACCCCGCCACCUACCCGCCCGCCAAGUUUGUGAGCGAGUUUGGCUUCAUGUCCUUCCCCUCUUUUGCCGCCUACAAGAAAAUGACGGCGCCUGACGAGUGGCGCCUCGACUCGCCCAUGACGGCCUUCCGCAUGCGCCACGCCAACGGCAUGCAAGAGCUGCUGGCGCAGAUGGGUCGCCACUUCUUCGCCCAGCCGCCACAGCUGCAUGCACAGCAGCAGCAGCAGCAGCAGCCUGUGCAGCAGCAGCAGCAGCCGGAGCAGGCGUGGGCGCAGCAGGCGACGGAGCAGCGGCUGGAGCGGCUGGCGGCGGCGCAGGCCGCGCUGGCCUCUGCCUUCGAUGCGGCAGGGGCAGACGGCAGAGACCCGGUUGCCGCGGUGGAUGCCGCAGCGGAGGCCGGCAGCCUGAACGCUAGCAAUGGGGGCCCGUUGGCAGCCGGAGCGCCUGCACCAGAGGCUGGCCAGCUGGCGCUGACCCCUCAGGAGGAGCAGGAGCUGGAGCAGCGGCGGUUUGAGGCCUUCACCUACCUGUCCCAGCUGCAGCAGGCGCUGGCGUACCAAGCCGCCAUCCACCAGUGGCGGCGCAACAAGGGGAACCCUGCGGCGCUAACCAUGGGGGUCCUCUACUGGCAGCUGAACGACGUGUGGCCGGGCCCCUCCUGGAGCGGCAUCAACUCGGAUGGCAGCUGGCGCCUGGCCCACCACUUUGCCGUCGACUUCUUCCACCCCGUGCUGGUUAGCGGGGUGAAGGGUGCGAGGGGGCGCGUGGAGGUGCACUUGACCAACGACCUCCCUGUGGACGUUACAGGGGAGCUGGCUGUCGACAUCAUUCCUUUUGGUGCCACGCGGGCGGAGGAGGUCGUACCGCUGUACCGCUCCGACAACGCCAAGGACGGCCUGGGUGUUGGUAGGCCGGCAGAGGCCGGCGACGUCUUCCUGCGCCUCCGCUUCUGCCCCAGCGUGGUGCAGCGGCAGUGGGCCGCGGCAGGCGCGGCGCAGCCGCCGCCCAACCCCUUUGGCUUUGCGACCGCCGCUGAGGAGCUGCAGCAGGCGUUGGGCGGCGGCGCGCUGCUUCUGGGCGGCAGCAGCGGCGGUGCCGCUCCCGCGACGGAGCGCACGGCAGCAGCCAGCGAUGGCGGCCCCGCCGACCAGCCUUGCGACGCGCUGGUGGCGCUGCCACGCGGGACCACCGCGGCGCAGUGCGCCGCUGCGCGGCGUCUGCUGCAGUGCAGCGAGAGCCUGGUGCUGCUGACCGAGCCCAAGGAUGCCAGGCUGGCGCCGGCCAACUUGUCCGCCCAGCUGGCGCCUGCAGCCGCUCCCUCGCUGGCGGUCACUCUCUCCUCCGACGCUGUGGCGCUGUUUGUGGCUGUGGAAAACCAGCAGCAGGCGGGGCACUUUGACGGCAGCGGCACGCUGCUGCUGCUCCCCUGGGAGCCUCGGACGCUGGCGUUCCAGCCUGCGGAGGCUGGAGGAGCAGGGGCAUCCGACCAGCAGCCGGCAGCCGAGGGCCAGGGCGCAGGCGAGGUGCCUGCCGGCCUCGGGCUGUACUGGCUGCAAAAGGAGAUGGCGGCGCUGGAGCCUCCCACCACGGCAGCGACUGCCAACGGCGUGUUGCCGCUCGCACUGCACUUGCCCGCCCUGCUGUUCAUUUCUGCCCUUGCCAGCACGCUGCUGGUGCUGUUGCUCUGA